AUGAGCCCAAGCUCACCAAACGCGGCCUCAGUUGGUACACUCAUAUUCUCCGGUGGCGGAUUUGGAAGUGACUCUCCAUACGAAACUCAAACACGCGAAGGCGAGCGCCUUGCGGAGAACUACGAUCAGAUUCGGGAGACAGGAGAUGCAUCUGACAAGAAAUCAAAUGCAUACGUUGAUCUUUUUGAAGACAUGCUCAGGACUUUGAUAGAGACUGAGGCGCAUUUAUUCGACAUUUCAGAACUCGAUUACUUCCAGAGAUAUGACAGACUUUCGCCAAGUGCAAAAUUUCUUAUCACGAAGCUUCUCCUGCGAAAAUUCAAUGCAUGGCACCGUCUUGACUCGCUGAAAUAUGAGGCAGAAAUAGGGAGCAAAGAAGGACUUAUUCAAGCUAUCGACGAGAUAUGCUUUGUACCAGGUCAAGUGAAAGUCGACGUUAUAAACGAAGGGGAUACCAAGAUGGCUGUAGAAGAGAGGGAAAUAAUAGACCUCACGCUCGACGACGAUGUCUACCCACCACCUUCCCUACCUUCACAUAUUUUACAACCUCAGGAAAUACCUGUACCGCACUUGCACCAGCCAUCACCACCCGCUCCAUCCACUAACAACACUGAGGAAGUCUCAAUACCUUUGGAUGCAACGCUCUCUGCUGCAAAUGCUAUUGCUGGUCCCUCUUCUAUAAAACUCGAAGACCUUCCUAUGGCCGAUACCAAGUUCACUAACCAUGUUGAUACACUCCCAGAGCCUGAAGGCAUUCUAGCAGAAGACGAGUCUCAAAUGGACCUUCCUGCCCUCCUUGAGUGCCUCAAAGUCGACGAGCUACGUUGCAUCGCGAAGCAGAUGCGUUUCAAGGGUGGUUCAAAACUGUUUUCCGACAAACCUCCCUUCCUUUCGGUCGCGAGACAACCCAGAAACGACUACGCGAUAUUGUUAUCCGCACACUCGGCAAGUGUGUGCGUGUACAUGAAGGCUUUUGCCGGUUCGACUCAAUCCUCCCAGGGUCUUCUUCUGCCCGCCCUGCUCUCACGGUUUAAGAAGCGCUCCUAUGCAAGCAUAGCCUUUACACGUACGAAGGACAUCUGGCCUACACGCGAAGCACUUCUCGCUUACGAACGAGCGCUCGAGCAAGAAGAAAUUGUAGAUGCCGUGUUUGCCGGGAACUUUGCAGCAGUGGGAGCCGAUAGGGAAUUCAAGACUCCAGCUGCAGAUGGACCUCGAUUCAAGACGCCAAUAACACCAAGUACUGCACCCGGAGUACCGCAGACACCAAUGUCCGCGAAGACUGUGCAAACCCCUGUGUCAAACGCCUUUGCAUCACCUGCUUCAAAUGGCAAUGGCAAGCCACCCAGAUCUGGUGUGUUUGUCAAGACUGAGAAAGCAGACUCUGUGCGUGUGCGUGGGGCGCGAAUAGCGAAGGAGAUCUUUGAGGAGGUGUACCCGCAGUGGCAGGAUCUCGUGAAGAUGAAAAGCGAAGGUGGGCUUGAAGGGAAGGAGAGGGGGUAUGGAUUGGAGAGGUUUGAAAGCGGGUACGUCCUAACUCGCCUCGUUGGUAAAGGCGCGCAUGCGCUCGGUAUCCUCGGGGAAUACGAAUAUGAACUCAGAGUCCUCGAGUCCCUCCUUGCGCAGAAGCGGUGGCGUCGCGGACGACGGGGGAGGUGGCACGAGCGCCGGGCCCUGAUCCUAGAGAAGUACGCAGCGAGAAAUGAUGACGCGCUUGACGCAUGUGUUGAAGCUCUAAAAGACGAUGAUACGCAUAUUGGUUGGUCGAGAUCUAGAAAUAGCUGUUGUGUCCUGGCUGAUGACUGGAUAGUCUUUCGUCCCAAACUUGACCGCCGCUUGACAGCCCUCGAGAAAAAGCUCAAAGUCGACCCUGCAGAUCGGCAUACGAGCGAAUGGAACCUCCAACCUCCUGAGUGGGUCUCCUUCGAAGGAGUGCGCGUGCGCCACCGUGCAGCGAGUUUAAAACUCGACCGUAAUGGGCGAAACAUUGCCAAAGCUUCUAUUGCUCAGGCAGGAGACAUCACAAAAUUUUUGUCGCCAACGAAACCUGGCGCUACGAAAGUAGAUGAGACACCUAUCUCGGUAAAAGUCGAGAAAACCGUGGAACGGAGAGAGGAGAAAGGAAAGUCCAUCUGGGUCGGACGAGGUGACCUAGAAGUAAAUGUUGAGACGCUCGCACUACAAUGGUACGAGGACCAGGGGUUCAAAGGCAUAUACUCUGAAACUAGGAUCAUCGCUACCCUCUUCGGUAUCCUCUUCUGGGAUAUCAUCUUCCUCCCUAUCCCCGGUGCCUUCGAGACCCCUUUCCAGACUGCACCGUUGGACAUUGCAGAAGACUCAUUUUAUCAUGCUCGACGAGAUGCCAUCGAAGCAAGGCUCAAGGAACUCGAGGAUGGACGAGGAGAGGAAAUCGUGAAACGAGUAGAAGCAGAGCAUAGAGCGCGCAAGACGUGGUGCGUAGGUGUAGAUUGGGAUUUACUAGAGGAAGGGGAAAUCGUACAAAUAGUUCGUACUACGCUGGGCGCAGCUCCGGCGGGCCAGAUCUCUUUGUGUGGAAUGCAGAGACAGGAAAAUCUCUGGAUCGAUGUCCUUCUCCGAGCUGGAAUAGCAGUGGAAUUGUGUUCAGUUCACGAGCAGGGCAAAGGGGAUGAGCACAAGACGGGGAAGAAGGGGAAGUCAAAGGGAAGCACGAAGAAGCGGCGAGGCAAAGCCAAGGAUAUUGCCGAAUCUGACACCGAAGAAAAGGAGGUGCAGCACAUGUGCGAAUCUGAGGAUGACGCUGAUGCUCUGCCCAUUGUACGAAUACCUGUGUGCAUGGACGACGUCCAAGAUGAAGGAACUUCCGCCAGACCCUCUACUCGCUCACGAUCCUCCGCAUACACUCCAACACCGAGCCGCGUGCCCGUUAUCGAACCAUCAACUCCCCCACGUUCACCCAAGAAACGCAAGCUCAUCGCUGAAGUCAUCAUUUCCACCCCAAGCCCCAGGAAGAAGCUCAAGUUCUCGCAGCACAGCGACAGUCCCGAACUUUGA